GAAGCCACCUCAGCCAAACUACUGUACCUUUAACACCGUUUAAAAAAAAAACAAAAAGCCCGUUUUGAUGGGCAGCGCGAAAGGGGCUGUAAACAAGGGGAGGCAGUCAGCAGGACGUCGUUAGCCCGCCGCUUCAUUCUUGCCACUCGCGCCGCAAUCACCUGACACGUCUCAUGUUGUGUGAAUCCAGUCAGCCGUUAUUCUUAGAGGCUGAGCGAGCGCAGAGAGGCGGCUGCCGAGCGGGCCGGAGCGCCCGCUGGAAACACUGGCACCGUCGAAACCAUGCCCAGCUGGACGAUCCCCCAGCUGGAGCCAAGUCACAUCCGGCUCAUCGUGUACCAGGACUGCGAGAGGCGUGGCCGCAACGUGCUCUUUGAUUCCAACGCCAAAAAGAGGGGCACGGAUGACGCCCACCUUCCCGGCACGGAGGGCCAGGUGAAGAUCUUCAACAAAUAUUGCCGGCUUCGACCCACGGGGGGCAGCAGCAGCUCCCUGGACAGCUCCUCCUCGUCCUCCUGCGCGUCCGAGACGUCCAGGGAAACCAAAGAGCAGGGGCUCCGCUUCCAGGGUUCGAGGUGUUCGUCCGACGUGGUCAUGCUGGGGGAGAUGAUGUUUGGAUCGGUGGCCAUGAGCUACAAAGGCUCCACACUGAAAAUCCACCAGAUCAGGUCGCCACCACAGCUAAUGCUGAGUAAGGUGUUCACAGCCAGGACGGGAGGCAGCGUGUACGGCAGCCUCAACACGUUACAGGACAGUCUCGAGUUCAUUACGCAGGACAGCAGCAACACCCUCCGGCCUGAUCAAAACGCCGCGCCAAAUAAUCUCCUGGGAAACAUAGGAUUUUCUCAGCUCUGCAGCCCUCGACGGGCCUUCUCUGAGCAAGGUCCGCUGCGUCUCAUCAAAAGUGCAUCUUUCUUUUCAGGUCACAGUCACCCCAUGGAUAUGCCGGGCCGAGGGUUGUACGACGAGCGGGACAGCGGCAUCGCCCGCUCAGCAUCGCUGAGCAGCCUCCUGAUCACACCCUUCCCGUCGCCGGGCUCGUCUCUGACCAGCAGCUGUGCGUCCAGCUACCAGCGACGGUGGCGGCGCAGCCAGACCACCAGCCUGGAGAACGGUGUCUUCCCGCGCUGGUCGGUGGAGGAGAGCUUCAACAUGUCGGACGAGAGCGGCGGGCAGAGCUUGGGCUCGGCGCGCAAGAAGAAGAUCGCCAUCGGCGUCAUUUUCACGCUGUCGCCUAACACUGAGGAGAACAGCCGCUUCCAGGACUUCUUCUUCUCGCACUUUCCGCUCUUUGAGAGCCACAUGAACAAGCUCAAGAGCGCCAUUGAACAGGCCAUGAAGAUGAGCCGGCGGUCAGCUGAACCCAGCCAGAGGGCCUUGGCCUACAGCCGCAUGGUAGAUGGGCUCAACGAAUUCAGGAUGACCAUAUGCGACCUGUACAGCAUGCCCCGCGUGGUGGAGCCGGUCUGGCUGACCAUGAUGUCGGGCGUGUCGGAGAAGAACCACCUGUGCAGCCUCUUCAUGCGAGAGUUCUCACUGCUGAUGGAGCAGGCCUCCAAGAACCAGUUCCUCCCGGCGCUUCUGACGGCCGUCCUGACCAACCACUUGGCCUGGGUGCCCACGGUCAUGCCCAACGGCCAGCCGCCCAUCAAGAUCUUUCUGGAGAAGCACUCCUCGCCCUACGUGGACAUGCUGGCCAAGACGCACCCUUACAACCCGCUGUGGGCACAGCUCGGUGACUUGUACGGCGCCAUCGGCUCUCCCGUGCGCCUGGCCCGCACGGUGGCGGUGGGCCGCCGUCAAGACCUGGUUCAGCGCCUCCUCUACGUGCUGACGUACUUCAUCCGCUGCUCGGAACUGCUGGAGACACACAUGCUGGACGGCGUGGAGGACGAGGCCAUCGUCAUGCCCGGUUCGCUCAUCACCACCUCGCUGCGCAAGGGGGAGGUGGAAGAGUCGGACUACGUGCUGGUGACCGUGCACAAGCCCGCCGGCGACUACUUGGCGGAGAAGGAGGACGAGAGCGAGGGUGACGGCGCGGACGGGGGCCAAGCGUUCCGGAUUCUCCGGGAUGACGCUUGCCGGACUUCGGAGGAACCCGAGGGGCCCCGCAGGGAGUCUGGCAGCCCGUUGAGCGGCGAGGUCCGGCGGGAGACGGUGCUGCCCGUGGGCUCGUGCUCCCCGAGGGAACGGGGAGCGGAUGAGGGGUUGGCGAGGGACCCUGUCGGAGCGCCCCUGCUGGGCUUCCCCCCGGAGAAAAAGCCUCCGGAUAAGAAUUCCCCCCCUGAAUCCACCAUGUCGGGUCCCUUGUCGCUCAUUGUGACGGAGGAGCCGGCCGCCAAAGUCACCUUCCUCAUCGGGGACUCCAUGUCGCCCGAGUCGGACACCGAGAGCAGGCGGAGGAAGGUGGAGGAGGACAUGAAGAAGCACAGAAAGCUCCACCAUCUUGCGCCGCCGCCGCCACAGGACGCCCCGUCUUUGCAGCGGGUGUCCAGCAAACUCCCUCAGUGGAACCCCGACACUCCGGAUUACAGCCAAUUCGACGAGUACUUCUGCUCGGAGAACCCGGUGGAGACGAGGACGAUAGACGACGUAGCCAAACGGGAAGAGGCCAACGGCACCCUGGCCGCUCUUUACAAAGACCUUCUGGACCCCUCGGGGCCCGAACACCCCGCCCACAGCGGCGUGGACAACGCGAGCGACUCGUCGGACAUGCAGAGGAGGUGCAGGUGCGCCUCGACGGACUCGUGCGACAAGGGACUCGUCUUGUCCGUGCCCGUCCUCCAUCGGGACGGAGGCCACGGCGGUCAGGACCAAAAGUGCAAGGCGGCGCCCCUCAACGACUGGGAGAUUCCGCGCAACGAGAGCUCGGACAGCGCGCUGGGAGACAGCGAGAGCGAGGAGACUGAGGACUGGCAGGAGGAGGUGAUGGUGCCCUUCCCAGGCUCCAAACUGGUGGAGAACUACUCCAAGCCGACCAUCGCCAACUUUGGCCGCUCCUUGUUUGGGGGCUACUGCCCCACCUACGUGCCAGACUUUGUACUGCACGGGAUGCCCAGCGACGACAAGCUACGGCAGAGCCUCAUGGCUGAACUCACGCAUGCCGUCCAGCACCCGGUGCUGGACGAGCCCAUCGCCGAAGCCGUGUGCAUCGUGGCCGACACGGACAAGUGGACGGUUCAGGUGGCCAGCAGCCAGAGAAGAGCCACCGAUGUGGGCAAGCUGGGCAAAGAGGUGCUGGUGUCCAGCUUGGUGUCGGCGCUGCUGCACUCCACGCAGCAACUCUACAAGUUCAACAUGUCCCCCAACUUUUGCAUCAUGCACCUGGAGGACCGACUGCAGGAGAUCUACUUCAAGAGCAAGAUGCUGGCCGAGUACCUGAAGGGUCAGAAGAGAGUCCAUGUCAAAGAACUGGGCAUGGUCUUAGGAAUCGAAUCGAGCGACCUCCCGCUUCUGGCUGCCGUGGCCAGCACGCACUCUCCCUACGUGGCCCAGAUCUUGCUGUGAGGACGAGGGAACGCGUCCUGGCUUCCUUUUCCUUCUUCUGUAGACCUCAGACUGUUGCUGCUGACAGGUGCAGUACCCCAUCACACCACAGGAGGGUGCUGGUGGGCAAGAAAGAAAGAGUCAUGUUUGAAUUGUUUUUUUUUUCCCCCUUCGGACUCCAAGCCAAAGACUUUACAAGUUCAGGAGUGUUAGGACCUCACUGAAAAGAAGCUAAAUAAUGCACCACCAGAGUGAAGUCAGAGUCGUAUGAGAGAUAAAACGUAUAUUUUGGUGAGAUGUAUAUUUUCAGGGGGAAAAUUUGUAAUCUUACAGAAAUAUUAACCUGAUGAUUGUAAAGACUUCUUUGUUCUCAAAUAAGCGACUAAGCGGUUCUCGAACACACUAUUAGAUUCAGACUUUAUUCUGGUCAUGUCAUUAUAUUAAAAACUUCUUUUCAUUGUGGGCUUUACCAAUCCUUGGUACUUGAUUAACUUUUAAUUCAAAGAAAGACGCUUUGAGGUCAUUUUCUAUUCGAUUUUGUGCUUUUUCUGUACAAUCUCCGACAAGCCAGCUGCGGUGAAAAAAGUAUUUUAGAAAAAAGGAUGCCGAUUGAUUUUUUUCCAGCUUUUUUACAAGCCAAAUUGUACCCUUUCCCUCCCGUUCUUACUCAAAUAUACCAUGACAAACCGGUUCCGGAAAUUUCCAAACUACCUCAGAUGUUCUUAUGCAUCGCUCACAAAACUACCCUGAGGUCAUAUAUUAAAAAUAGAUCCAUUACUUUUUAAAAUCAUUUAAAUUUUUCCCUGUUGUUGAAUUGUUGCUGUCUAUUUUACAACCAAAACACAAAAUGCUGCAUAUGUUCACACUUUUCUACCUUGUUUACGGUGAGGCAUAACCAUGGAGGGUUCUUCUUUUUCUUUUUUUUUUUUUCAACAGUGCUUUCAUUCUUUUUGUCUUAAUGGGGAAAUGAUGAUGUCAUUGCAGGCUUCCAAACAGCCGCUAAUGUUGAUUAGCACUUGUUUGUGUUAAAGGCAUCCUUUGUAUAUGACUAAGUUAUUUUUGUGGACUGUACAAUUCAUUUCCAUGUAUUUAUACCUUUUCAACAAUUGUCUCCUCAGAAAUAUAUCUUUUUCCCAAUUUUAUGGGAAUGUUGUGCAAUAAAGAUGAAGACAUUUGGACAUAAAA